AUGAAGAAGGUAUUUGCGCUUGUCCUCGGCCUCAGCUUACUGCCUUGCUUCUCAGGGCCCUGCCUGACUUUUUCAGACGCCUCUCCGAUUCUGCCGGAAAAGCAGGCCAAGCAGCUCCUGAGAUCCCGCCGGCAGGACAGGCCGAGCAAACCGGGCUUCCCGGACGAGCCGCUGCAGGAGUACAUGCAUCAUCUGCUCAGCCUGGAGCACCGCGCCGAGGAGCAGUUCCUGGAGCACUGGCUGAACCCGCACUGCAAGCCCCACUGCGACAGGAACGUGGUCCAUCCAGUGUGAGGGGCCCGGGACCAGCCUCCGCAAGCAUUUUCACAAACACCGACCUGGCUGUCGAAACGGGAUGAGGCUCCUCUUUUCGUUUGCUUUUCAGCUGCGGAGAUGGAAGGGUUCAGACCUCGUGAGCUGUGGGCACAGCCAAGGGUGCCUUGGGGAUUAAUGGCAAAUAUACAUAUGCUGCUUCAUUUUACUAACCUGCAUCACUCACUAAAGCCAGCAGCUUUAAGUAUAGCUGGCUCACCCUCCACCCACAGGUUUGAUGGGGUGGGCAGAAGGGGGAGCUUCCCUGAGGCAUUUGGAGCUGACUGCCUGCCCUGAGGA